UGGGAGCCUCAGAGCACCUGUAAGUUCUUAGAAGUCCCACUAGGCUCUAGCCCGGCCGGACCGACCCGACCCUCGCCAGGCCCGCGAUGGGCCCUCGGUGCCGCAUGCUCUCCUCGCUCCUGCUGCUGCUGCUGCAGGUCUCACCGUGGCUCUGCCAGGAGCCGGAACCCUGUCGUCCCGGCUUUGGCGCCGAGAGCUACACGUUCACGGUGCCCCGGCGGCACUUGGAAAGAGGCCGCGUCCUGGGCAGAGUGAGUUUCGAAGGAUGUACCGGUCAAUCAAGGACCGUCUAUGUUUCUGAUGACACCAGAUUCAAAGUGGGCACGGAUGGUGUGCUCGCGGUCAAGCGGCCUUUACAGCUUCAUAAUCCAGAGAUGAGCUUCCUCGUUCACGCCUGGGACUCCACCCGCAGGAAGCUCUCCACCAGGGUGACACUGAAGGCAGCAGCUCACCCCAGCCACCAUCGCCACCACCAUCAGGACGCCCUCCCUGGAACUCAGGCGGAAGUGCUCACGUUUCCCGACUCCCACCGUGGUCUCAGAAGACAGAAGAGAGACUGGGUUAUCCCUCCCAUCAGCUGCCCAGAAAACGAGAAAGGGCCAUUUCCUAAGAAUCUGGUGCAGAUCAAAUCUAACAGGGACAAAGAAACAAAGGUUUUCUACAGCAUCACUGGCCAAGGAGCUGACACACCCCCUGUUGGUGUGUUUAUUAUUGAAAGAGAAACAGGAUGGUUAAAGGUGACACAGCCUCUGGACAGAGAAGCAAUUCCCAAGUACACACUCUACUCUCACGCUGUGUCUUCAAAUGGGAAUGCAAUUGAGGACCCAAUGGAGAUUGUGAUCACAGUGACAGAUCAGAAUGACAACCGGCCUGAGUUCACCCAGUCAGUCUUCGAGGGGUCUGUCAUGGAAGGUGCUCUUCCAGGAACCUCUGUGAUGCAGGUCACGGCCACAGACGCAGACGACGAGGUGAACACCUACAACGCCGCCAUUGCUUACACCAUCGUCAGCCAAGAGCCUAUGCAGCCUCACAAAAUGUUCACCAUCAACAAGGACACAGGAGUCAUCAGCGUGCUCACCACCGGCCUGGACCGUGAGAAUAUUACGACGUAUACCCUAGUGGUUCAAGCCGCUGACCUUCAGGGUGACGGCUUAAGCACAACUGCAACAGCUGUGAUCACGGUCACGGACAUCAACGACAACCCUCCUAUCUUCGACCCGAGCACGUACCAGGGACAGGUUCCUGAGAACGAGGCUAAUGCCGUGAUCGCUACGCUCAAAGUGACCGAUGCCGACGUCCCCAAUACCCCGGCGUGGGAGGCUGUGUACAUUGUACUAAACGACGAGGAGGAGCAAUUUUUUGUCACCACAGACCCAGCCACCAACGAUGGCAUUUUGAAAACGGCUAAGGGCUUGGAUUUUGAGGCCAAGCAGCAGUACCUUCUCUACGUGGCAGUGAAGAAUGUGGCCCCCUUUGAUGUCACUCUGUCCACUUCCACAGCCACUGUCACUGUGGAUGUGAUGGAUGUGAACGAAGCCCCCAUCUUCGUGCCUCCCCAAAAGAGAGUGGAGGUGCCCGAAGACUUUCCAGUGGGACAGGAAAUCACAUCCUACACUGCCCAGGAGCCGGACACAUUCAUGGAACAGAAGAUAACGUAUCGGAUUUGGAGGGAUACUGCCAAUUGGCUGGAGAUUAAUCCGGACACUGGUGCCAUUUCCACUCGGGCUGAGAUGGACAGGGAGGACUUUGAGCAUGUGAAGAACAGCACGUACACGGCCCUCAUUAUAGCUACUGACAAUGGUUCUCCACUUGCUACUGGAACGGGGACCCUUCUCCUGUUCCUCUCUGAUGUGAAUGACAACGCCCCCGUACCAGAACCUCGCAAUGUGGAAUUCUGCCAGAGGGACCCACAGCCUCAUAUUAUCAACAUCAUUGACCCUGAUCUUCCCCCCAACACGUCUCCUUUCACAGCAGAGCUAACACAUGGGGCAAGUGUCAACUGGACCAUUGAGUACAAUGACCCAGAACACGAAUCUCUCAUUUUGAAGCCAAAGAAAGACUUAGAGUUGGGUGAAUACAAGAUAAAUCUCAGGCUCGCAGAUAACCAGAACAAAGACCAGGUGACCACCUUAGAGGCGUUUGUGUGUGACUGUGAAGGGCCCGUCAGCACCUGCAAGAGGGUAGCGCCUUAUGCUGAAGCAGGAUUGCAGCUUCCUGCCAUUCUGGGGAUUCUUGGAGGCAUCCUUGCUUUGCUGAUCCUGAUUCUGCUGCUUCUCCUGCUUAUUCGGAGAAAACCGGCGGUCAAAGAGCCCUUACUACCCCCAGAAGAUGACACCCGGGACAACGUUUAUUACUAUGAUGAAGAAGGAGGCGGAGAAGAGGAUCAGGACUUUGACUUGAGCCAGUUGCACAGGGGCCUGGAUGCUCGGCCUGAAGUGACUCGCAAUGAUGUGGCGCCUCCCCUCCUGGGUGUGCCGCACUAUCGGCCCCGCCCUGCCAAUCCUGAUGAAAUUGGAAACUUUAUUGAUGAAAACUUGAAGGCGGCCGAUAGUGACCCCACUGCACCCCCUUACGACUCUCUGCUCGUAUUUGAUUACGAAGGAAGUGGUUCCGAAGCUGCUAGUCUGAGCUCCCUGAAUUCCUCGGAGUCAGACCAGGACCAGGACUAUGACUACCUGAAUGAAUGGGGCAAUCGCUUCAAGAAGCUGGCAGAUAUGUAUGGAGGUGGCGAGGAUGACUGAGGGACUCAAGACAGAUGGAGAGAUGGGUCCCUGCGCUCAUGUGAUAGGAAAUGGAGGAGUAAUUUUUCUGGAGGUCUUCCAGUUCCCUUCACUUGAUGAAUUUCUGAGGAAGAGAGACUGGCGCCAGUGAUGCAGUUAGGGUAGUUAUAAUUUCUACUGUUUAUAGAUCUAAUCUGCGUGUGUUAGAAGGAAUUUGACUCCUUUGUUUCUUUCAUCCCUUUACAAGCUAGCAAGUUGCAGAUUUUUCUUAAGGGCUUUGUUUCAUUUUUAAAAGGAAGGGGAGGGAUCAACUGCCCUAUUUUUUUUUUUUUUGUAUCUAUAUAAAAUUUUUAUUUUUAAUUUGUUUGCAUUUUUUUAUCCUAUCACUGAACCAGUGUCCCAUCUUCCGAUAUCCGCUCUUACUACUUCGGAAUUUACAUUGCCCCGGGCAUGAGUUUCCUGAGCCAGAAACUAUUGCGCCCUUUAAGGGUAAGGGGCUGUGUCUUAGUCUGGCCAUAUCAUGACUGGGUAUUGUGUUCCCUUAAGACCUUCAACGGUUUUCUUUUUUCACCUCCUGAGUAUGUAACUUGAAAGGAACAACUACCCAUUUACUUGUUCUGAGUAAGAAUGUUUGUUAUGUGAAUGUCAUUAUGGAGCAUUUUGGUUCUAAACAAGGAGCUUUGCCCAGAAAAGUUUUCAGGUGCCACUUAACUUUUAAUGUUUAUCACUAAAACAAAAGAGUGAUAAAUUGAAUAUUUUGAGACUCAGAACAGUGUCCAAAAUGUUGCAGCCAAAGAGAGAAGAUUCGGCAUGUCCCAGCAGACGGAAAACAUGAGAAGUGAGCUUGGAGAUGACAGGAGAAAUUGUCACUGAGCCUGGCAAUUUAGGAAGCUGAGGCUGAGAAUGGUUGAGGUGGCUCUACCUCUAGCCAUAAAAAUUCUGGAAAAAUGGAAGAAUCUCAACAUGUGCUUCCUACCAGGAUCUUUACAACAUGGCUUGUACCUGAAACCCAGAAUCUCCAAACGCUUGCUUUUGUUGAUGUCCACAGAAAAUAUUGGUUGAUCUAGACACAUUUGCCCCAAGUUCCAAGAAAACUGAGAAUAUCAGAAAACCCAAAGAUUUUCUUAAGGAGCAGGGGAGGUGGAGGUAAGGAGAACCUCGAUUUGGACAUUCUUCUGGUUGAAAUGUGGUCAUCAAGAAACUUUUGACAACCCCAGAGAAGAAGUUUAUCUAAGUCGCUUUACUGUCUGUCAACUGUUUUUUGAAGGCAAAAAUCAUUCCUCAACCACUUCUUGGAAUUGUUUUGAUUUUUCAGGAAUUUAAACUGAUGUAAUUCCGUGUAGACUGUCACUGUAGUUUUGAGUGCAUAUGUGUGUAGGUGAUUAUAAUUUGUAUUUUCUUUGGGGGUGGAAAAGGAAAACAAUUCAGGCUGAUAA